UGACUGGUAAAUAUUUGGUAAUUAAAAAGAAUUAUAUCUGAAGUACCUAAAUUGUUAAAUGGCUCCAAAACGGCGUGGGCGCCCCCCAAAGGGUAGCCGUAAGGAUCAGGGCACUCCUCCGAUCCCAACUGCCAGUCCCUCUACUCAAGCCGCUCCGCAGGAGGGAGGGACGAGCAAUCCCCAAGUGUCCGCCUUUGUUCAGGAACUUAUGGCAGAGAUAAGACGCCAAGUAUCCCCUGCCACGAGUGUACCACCUCCAUCCCCAGUGGUCUCUACUCCUGUGGCUCCUGCUUCGGUUUCCCCUGUUCCUAUCUCUUCUGCUCCUGCUGUGCCUACCUGGAAGAUUUAUACAGAAUUCCAGAAGUUGAUGAAGAACAAGGGAUUCGAUGGCACUGCAGGUUUUGAGCAGGUGGAAUCAUGGAUCACCGAGGUGGAGCGGGGAUUCUACCUGCUACAUGUUUCUGAUGACCUUAAGGUUAAUGUAGGCACUUACAUGCUUAGUGGGAAGGCGUUAACUUGGUGGGAGAGUUAUCGGAAGCUGCACCAAGGAGAGCCUGAAUUGAACACCUGGGAUGGUUUCAAGAAGGUGUUCAUGCGGGAGUACAUAUCGGACAGCAAAAGGCGAGAACUGCAAAGAGAAUUUGCAGAUUUAAAGCAAGGGUCAGGUACUAUUGAGAAGUACAAGGAGGAAUUUGACCGCUAUCUGCCUUUUGUGGGUGGCCAAGUCGGCGACGAGCAAGCCAAAGCCGACAAAUUUUUGUGGGGCUUGAAUUCUGACAUUUACUUGGCGGUAAAUCAAUUUAAACCCGCCACUUAUCGGGAGGCUGCGGACAGAGCCAUAGAUCAGGAGAAAGCUAUGGCUAGAGUCAAGUCCUCAGGACAGCCUAGUGUCGGAUCAUCCCUUGGGAAGAGGAAGUUUGAGGGGAGUCGUCGAUCCCUUUUCCUUGCACCACCUAGGUCUGGAAGCAGUAAGGGUUCUAGAUGGUCAGGAGCUACCAAGACUGGGGGCCAGGCAUCCACGGCUCAACGUGCUCGCCCUACUCCACCUACUUGCAACUUUUGUGGGAGGGUUGGGCACACCCAUGAUCAGUGCCACUUUGUUACUGGAGCUUGCUUCAGAUGUGGCAAGCAAGGACAUCAGAUUGCAAAUUGUCCGCUGCCAGACUCUAAAACUCAAAGUACUCAAUCUACAUCUCAACAGGGGUCUACCAAUCAGGGGGCGCUGAAACAAAAUGUUGGGGUUAGGACAAGAGCCCAACAGGCAAGAGCCCAAGCCCAGCAGGCAAGAGUCCACGUGAUGACCCAUCAGGAAGCUGCGGCUACCGACGUAAUCACGGGUACCUUGCCUGUUAACUCUGAUUUUGCACAUGUUUUAUUUGAUUCGGGUGCAUCGCACUCUUUUAUUGCUCGAUUUUAUGCUUUGGAACGAGCUUUGCCUGUUGAUACCUCUGAUUUUGAAUUGCAUGUGGACACCCCUUUAGGAGGGGUGAUGACUACUAGAGAUGUGUGUAGGACUGUAGACACUUAUGUUGAUGGUAGACAGCUGAGUGCUAGGCUGUUUGUGUUAGAUAUCUCCGAUUUUGAUAUCAUUUUGGGGAUGGAUUGGUUGUCAGAGCAUUUUGCCUCUAUAGACUGCCAUCGGAAAUGGGUAAUUUUUAAUAUUCCUGGUGAGCCAGAAUUUAGUUUUCAAGGCAGUGGUUCUUUUGCUCCACCCGUGGUAGUAUCUGCCUUGCAGGCUCAGAAAUAUCUUGUAAAUGGUUGCCAGGGUUUUCUAGUCUCUGUUACUGAUGCUAGUAGUGUGACAUCGAGACUAGAGGACAUACCGGUGGUACGUGAGUUUCCGGAUGUGUUUCCGGAGGAUCUUCCAGGUUUACCUCCGGAUAGAGAGGUUGAAUUUGCUAUUGACCUCGUUCCUGGCACCGGACCCGUUUCCAAAGCACCAUACCGUAUGGCUCCUGCAGAACUGAAGGAGUUAAAAGUACAGCUGGAGGAACUCCUUGAGAAAGGGUUUAUACGCCCUAGUGUAUCACCUUGGGGAGCUCCAAUGCUGUUUGUCAAGAAGAAGGAUGGGAGCAUGAGGCUAUGCAUUGAUUACUGGGAAUUGAAUAAGGUGACUGUGAAGAACCGGUAUCCCCUUCCUAGAAUUGAUGACUUGUUUGACCAGCUCAAGGGUGCUCAGGUAUUUUCUAAGAUUGAUCUUCGAUCUGGCUACCACCAAUUGAAGAUUAAACCGGAUGAUGUGCCAAAGACUGCCUUUCGCACCCGUUAUGGUCAUUAUGAGUUCAUAGUCAUGCCAUUUGGCUUGACGAAUGCUCCUGCCAGAUUUAUGGAUUUGAUGAAUCGGGUAUUUGGUAAGUACCUAGAUCAGUUUGUGGUUGUCUUCAUUGACGACAUUUUGAUCUACUCUUCUAGCCGCACUCUUCAUGAAAAGCACCUAAGGACAGUUCUCGAGACGUUGAGAAGGGAGAGGCUGUUUGCUAAAUUUAAGAAGUGUGAAUUUUGGCUAGACAAUGUUGCAUUCCUAGGUCACGUGGUGACUAAGGAUGGGAUCUCUGUUGACCCCCAGAAAAUUGAGGCCGUGGUGAAUUGGAAAAGAAUUGCUCUGCCCAUGACUCGUCUUAUCAGGAAGGACACCAAGUUUGAGUGGACCCCAGAGUGUGAGAAGAGCUUUUUGACCUUGAAGGAGAAGUUGGUCACUGCCCCUGUACUUGCACUUCCAAUUAAUGGGGAAAGAUUCACUAUAUAUAGUGAUGCCUCUAAAAAGGGUUUGGGAUGUGUCUUGAUGCAAAAAGAUAGGGUUAUUGCAUAUGCUUCUCGGCAAUUGAAGCCUUAUGAAGAAAAUUACCCUACCCAUGAUCUGGAGUUGGCAGCUGUAGUAUUUACACUUAAGAUCUGGAGGCAUUAUCUGUAUGGUGAGACUUGUGACAUCUUCACUGAUCACAAGAGCCUUAAGUAUAUUUUCACUCAAAAGGAACUUAAUAUGAGGCAGAGGCGAUGGCUUGAACUUUUAAAGGACUACGACUUGACCAUUAGCUACCAUCCGGGCAAGGCUAACAAGGUAGCAGAUGCGUUGAGUAGGAAGUCCUCUGGCACUGCCUCUAGCAUCCUUGCCAUUCAGAAGGAGUUACUUGAGGAUCUUGUGAAACUGGAUGUGGAGUUGAGAGUGGACAGCACUACAGCUUAUCUAGCUGCUCUCAGGGCACAACCGGCAUUAAUAGAUAGAAUUAAACUUGCCCAACAAAAAGAUUCCUUCUUGCAGAAGAUGAAGGAAAAAGUAAAAGCCGGGGAACCCCACAUGCAAGAAUUCAGAAUUUCAGAUGACGAGAUUCUGUGGUUUGGUGAUAGGCUGUGUGUACCCAGAAACCAUGCUUUAAGGGGUGAGAUUAUGGGAGAUGCCCAUUAUACUAGCUAUACAAUUCACCCAGGUAGCACCAAGAUGUAUCGCGAUUUGCGUAGUACAUUUUGGUGGCGGAACAUGAAGAGGGAGAUAGCUAGAUUUGUCUCGCAAUGCCUGACUUGCCAGAAAGUCAAGGCUGAACACCAGAGACUUCCUGGAAAACUGCAGCCGUUACCUAUUCCCCAGUGGAAGUGGGAGAACAUCACCAUGGACUUUGUGACUGGAUUAGCACGAACCCUGAAAGGUAAUGAUUCCGUUUGGGUCAUCGUUGAUCGAUUGACCAAAUCAGCUCACUUCUUACCCUACCGGACUGGCACCUCCAUUGAAAAGCUUGCCAACAUGUAUAUGGAGGAGAUAGUCAAACUACAUGGAGUCCCUGUGUCUAUUGUGUCAGAUAGAGAUACCAGAUUUUUAUCUCAUUUCUGGACAAGCUUGCAGCAGGCACUUGGUACUCAAUUAAAUUUCAGCACGGCCUUUCAUCCUCAAACUGAUGGGCAAUCUGAGAGAACUAUUCAGAUACUUGAGGAUAUGUUGAGGGCUUGUGUUCUAGAUUGGAAGGGUUCAUGGGAUCAACACUUAUCCAUGGCUGAAUUUGCAUACAAUAAUAGUUAUCAGUCCAGCAUCCGCAUGGCACCAUUUGAGGCUUUGUAUGGUCGAAGGUGUAGAUCACCUGUCUGUUGGACGGAAGUGGGCGAAAGGAGCAUUUUAGGCCCAGAAUUGGUGCAACAAUCCUCUGAGAUUGUGCAGUUGAUCAAGGAACGCCUUCGUGCUGCACAAAGCAGGCAGAAAAGCUAUGCGGAUAGAAGGAGGCGAGACCUUGAGUUUGAAGUUGGUGACCACGUAUUUUUGAAGGUGUCACCCACUCGAGGUGUUCUCAGGUUUGGCAUCCGGGGAAAAUUGAGUCCGAGAUAUAUUGGACCAUAUCCCAUCUUGGAAAGGAUUGGCGAGGUAGCUUAUAAAUUGGAGUUGCCUGGAAAUCUAGCGGGUGUUCAUGAUGUGUUUCAUGUGUCCCUACUUAGGAAGUACGUCCCCGACCCGAGUCACAUCAUUAAUCCCGAACCAAUUCAACUCCGGGAGGAUCUUACUUAUGACGAGCACCCGAUCCGCAUUUUAGAUUUCAAGGAGAGGGUAAUGCGGAAAAGGACCAUUCGUUUUGUCAAGGUCCUCUGGGACAACCAUUCGAUUAAAGAAGCUACUUGGGAGUUGGAAUCCAAGAUGAGGCAGGACCAUCCGCACCUCUUCCAAGAUUGAGGUAUGAGUUUAGGGGACUAAACUCCUUUUUAGGAG